CCUGCAGGCAGCAGCUCGACCCUUUCAGACAGCCAGUGUGGGGGAGAACGUUACUGCCGUACUCCUGUGUGUGAGAGUGUGUGUGUAUAAUACUGUAUAUGUGCAUGACUGUGUGUGUGAGAUAGUGGUUUAAGCAGCCUCUUAGGAUGAGUGCAGAGGGAGACAGACGGUGCUGUGAUUGAGAGUUGGUAACAUCGCCUCUCUUUGCCGCCUCACCCUGUCCACAGCCCAUCCUGCCCUCCUCUCCCUUUCCUCUGGCUCUGAUCGACAACACCGCUGGGAUGUCUUCUUCUCCAGGAUCCAUGGACGGCAGCCAGAGGAAUAGCUCGGAUAAGGUGCCACCCCAGGUGAACGAGGCGGAGCCUGCCCAGGUUAAGUUAAAGGAGGCGGAUCCUCCCCAGGUGAAGCCAAAGGAGGUGGAGUCUAGCCAGUUUAAGCUGAAGGAGGUGGAGCCUGCCCUGGUGAAUCUGAAGGAGAGGCAGAAGUUCUUUGAAGAGGCAUUCCAGCAAGACAUGGAUCAGUACCAGUCCACCGGCUACCUGCAGAUCAGUGAGAGGAGAGGGCCAAUAGGCAGCUUUUCAUCCAUGGAGGUGAACGUAGACAUGCUGGAGCAGAUGGACCUGGCGGACAUGUCCGACCAUGAGAGCCUUGACGUCUUCCUCCACUCUGGGGGAGAGGACAACAGCGUUGCCUCGCCCAUGCUGGGUCCAGACGUGGAGUCGUUAACCACAGAGAUCACACUGCAGGUUCCCACCCAGGCUGAGCUAAGACACACGCUCUCCUCCCUCUCAUCCACUGACAGGCAGGACACCAAGGCUAGCGAGGAUGAAGGGGGUAGGGAGGACCACAUCCACUGUACUGCCGGGGUGCAAUCAUACGAAACAGAGGUUCCCCCCAACACAGGCCUAGCAGGGAGGCCACUGCUCCAGCCACCCAGAAACCAGCCACUUAAACACUGAGGUCAGCAGCUCACAGGCCACGUAAGGGCCAGGGUAGAAACGAAGACACUGAACUGCCCCAAAACCCUGCGAGGACUGGUUGCGAUGCAUGGAAGAAGAGAUGCAUCAUUUAUGUUCACUGUAUUUUCAUCCGUUUUGUAAAUAACUAAUUCCAUGUUGAACAUUGUGGUUACAGUAUUAUUCCCCCCACAUCUCUUGACUUGGUAAUAAACAUUUCACCCCCUUGUA